AUGCCGAAUUGCAUCUUAUUUACAUUAGAUGACUAUGCAAAUAACCAUCAAAUAAUCUCACAUAUUCAAGUUUUAUCAAAAGUUCCGGAGAAUCAUAUAUAUGUUAUUGGUUUAGGGUCUUCAAAAUUUCCGAGAGAUAUACAAAAUACACCAAAUCUAUCAGUCAAGCGAAUAACUCCAUUUCCAAUGAAUUUAUUUUUAAUGCGAUAUUUAUUUUUACCAUUUUCAUUUAUAUUUACACUAUUUCAAGUAAUUGGAAUUUUAAUCCAACUGCCAACAAUAGAUAUAUUCGUUGUUUAUCUUCACCAUAUUAUCAAAGAGACAAUAGUAUCAUGGAUCGUUACGAAAUUAUUCCAUAUAAGACUUAUAUUUGAACUUGGUCAAUACACACUUGCCAAUGAAGGAUAUCUUGUUGUUUCUAAGUCUGUAGAAACAAUGCUUCUUAAGCUUUCAAAUGUAAAUAUUGUUCCUACUCAAGCAAAACAAAUGAUUCUACAUUUUCGAGGAAUUAAAUCGUUUUUAAUUCGAAAUAUACCAAUGCGAGUUAAAGAUUUAAGUAACAGAGUAGAAUUUAUGAAUAAUCAUAUUGUUGGAUACAUGUAUCCCUAUUCAAAAACAGAAGAAAUUUUGAAAUUGAACAAAAUUAUGAAAGAUCUUGAAGAACAUCAGAUGAAAAUUGAUUUUUAUAUCUUUGGAACAUCGAAAAGUGUUACGUCUGCUGAUACAAUCUUGAAAAAUCAUAAAUCAGAAUUCAUUACAUAUAAAUACAUAUCAUUAUCUGAUCCCAAUUACUUCGAAUUACUUCAGAGAUGCAAUGUCGGUAUUAUAUUAUCUUCUUCUUUUGUUUUGGAUCCUCCACAAGCUUUAUUUCAUUUUAUUGGCGCUGGAGUUCCAAUUAUUGCAAAUCAUUUCGGAUGUAUAUCAGAAGAAAUUACUAAUAAUGAUAAUGGUUUUUUAGUUUCUGAAAAUGAAAAUUUUUCCAAGAAAUUAUUAGAAGUUUUACGUAAUGAAAAUGUUGUAAAGAUGCGAAGAAAGCUCCUUGAGAUGUAUAAUUCUCAUUUUGAAGAUGCUUAUGAUGUUUUUAUGAAAAUUUUGAAAAAUGAGUCACCUCCACAACUAAAUAAUCUUUUCACUUGA